AUGGAGGACAGAGGCUCGCCAGCCUCGGGAGAGGAUCGGACGUGCCUGUGCGGGGGCCCACCCUCGCCGGCGCCCACCGAGGGCCCCGCUGCGCAGAGCACCCCCCAGUCCAGCAAGUCUGCGACCUCGGCCCACAGACACCCGAGCAGGAGGAAUGGGCUCUCGAAGCUCUGCCAGAGCAGGGUGGCGCUCUCCGGAGACAGAUGGAGCUCCUACUGUCUCUCGUCCCUGGCUGCCCAGAACAUCUGCACAGGCAAAGCGCCGUGCCCCACCCUGGCCGAGCAGGCUGGCCCGGCUGCGCGCGCGGGCAGCGCGUCCUGCUGCUCGCUGCUGCGCGGCUUGUCCUCGGGGUGCUCCACGCCCCUGCUCCCGGCCCCUGCCGGCAACCCCAACAAGGCUGUCUUCACAGUGGACCCCAAGACCUCGGAGAUCCUGGUUGCCAACGACAACGCUUGCCGCCUCCUGGGGUACAGCAGCCACGACCUGAUCGGCCAGAAGCUCACGCAGUUCUUCUUGAAGCCGGACCGCGAUGUGGUGGGAGCGCUCAGUGAGGAGCACGUGGAGGCCGACGGCCGCGCCGCCGUGGUGUUCGGCACAGUGGUGGACGUGGCGAGCCGCAGCGGGGAGCGGGUCCCGGUGUCCGUGUGGAUGAAGAGGGUGCGGCAGGAGCCCCGUCUGUGCUGCGUGGUCGUGCUGGAGCCCGUGGAGCGGGUCUCGGCCUGGGUCUCCUUCCAGAGCGACGGCACUGUCACGUCCUGCGACAGCGUCUUCGCCCACCUGCACGGCUACGAGAGUGAGGACAUGGUGGCCGGGCAGCGCAUCGCGGACCUGAUCCCCUCCCUGCAGCUCCCGGGGCCCGGGCAGCACCUCCCACAGGACCUGAAGAUCCAGAGGUCUGUCGGGAGAGCCAGGGACGGCACCGCGUUCCCCCUGAGCCUGAAGCUGAAGGCCGGCCCCGGUGCUGCGGUGGCGGGAGCCACGCCCGGCUACUCGGCCUCCGUCUGGGUGUUUUUCACCAUCAGUGGCCUCAUCACGCUCCUGCCGGACGGGACCAUCCACGGCAUCAACCACAGCUUCGCGCUGAUGCUGUUCGGUUACGGGCGGACUGAGCUGCUGGGCAAGAACAUCACCUUCCUGAUCCCAGGUUUCUACCACUACAUGGGCCUCGCGUACGACAGCUUGUCACCCCUGCCAGACCUGGUCAGCCGCCUGGACGUGGGCAGCCUGCGGGGGCCUGGGGAGACACCCGGGGACCCCCUGCAGGGCCGGACCACCGCCGAGGGGGUUAGUGUCAUGCUCACGGGUGACUGCAUGCUGCCACCAGACGGGACCCCAGAACCAGAGGGAAGCCAGGAUGCCGUCACGGGGGCCCCAGCCCCAGCGGACACCGGGCGCUGGCUCCCUUCUGCCCUCGCACCCCCACCCCCUCCAGGCGUGGAUGGCAUCCCAGAAGCACGCCCACCAGCCCGUGGCCAGCUGCCAUCGCCUGAGGGCCGGCGGAGCCCUGUGCUGGAGGAGCAGGAGCCGGCGGCAACGGGGAGGCGCAGGCAGGAGCUUUUGGGGGGAGGCGGGGCCGGCUCCGCGGACACCAGACCAUCUGCUCCCCGUGAAGACGCGGGCGCUCUGACCGCCGCCGAAGUCAGGGGCCGGGUUGAAGGGCGUGGCCCUUCCCCAGAAGCACCGCUGGAGAGCGGGGGUUUGAGCGCUGCCAGCUGCCCAGGCCCUCAGGCGGACGCUGUGGGGCUGCCGGCAGGGGUGAGCCUCUGGGCGCCGCGCCCUGGGCACUGGGCCGAGCAGGGCGUGCCCCAGGGGAGCACCUCAGGGACAGCGCGGCCCUUGCCUGCGAGGCUGCCUGCCCCGGAGGAGCCGUGGCCGGGAACGCAGGAGGACAGGGAGGAGCUGCAGACUUGCUUGCUCAAGGAGCAGCUGUCCAAGUCGAGCUUUGCGGGACCUCAGGGUGUCUCCUCCGAGGAGCUGGUCCUGGCUGAGCACGCCCCUCGCCCCAGCCCUGUGUCACUGUGUGACCUGGGAGGCAGAGACCUCUGUGACCUCGGGGGCCGCUCGGGCAGCUCCUCGGCCUGCUACGCCCUCGCCACCGACCUCCCCGGCGCCCUGGACUCAGCAGAGGCUGAAGGGAAUGCGUUUCCCUGGAACCGCAAGGAACCGUUUUUCAGCAAAUGGACAGACCGGACUUCUUCAGCCUGUUCCAGCUCCUCGUCCGGGGUGGGCGCGGGCGCUGGGCCCGGGCAGGGGGCCGAGGUGCUGGACGACCGGGAGCUGUCACUGCUGACUGGCACCUAUUUCGGCGGCGGCCCAGGCCGGCGGUUCUGCGAGACCCAUCUGAGUCUCGAUCGGACAGAACCAUCGGACACCUUGGAGCGUAGCGACGUGAGUGGCAGGGAGAGCCCCGGUCCCAGGCCGGAAGCUGUCCCUGCGGACACGUGCCCGUUGGAGGGGCCCACGCCGCGCAUCCAGGUCACAUCCACGCCCGUGAGAGAGAACAGCCUGGGGUCGCCCGGGAACGCCGGCCUGCAGUGUGAGAUCCAGGAGGGCACCUACGUAGGGAGCUGCUGCCACCGGGACGGCUCGCUGCUGAGUGUGCAGUUCGAGGUGAAGCGGGUGGAGCUCCAAGGUCCGGCGCCCCUGUUCUGCUGCUGGCUGGUGAAGGACCUUCGGCACGGCCACCAGGCCUCGGCCACGCAGACCCACCUGCUGUUGGCCAGUCCGCCCGGCGCCACGCACUCCACGUGGGAGCACCCCAGGCCCGGCCUGGGGGAGGCGCUCAGAAGCAGGCCGUGGUUUGAGGAGCCGCCAAAAGCCGGGGAGCUGGAGGGGCUGGCGGCCUGCGAGGGCGCGUACUCCCAGAAGUACAGCACGCUGAGCCCGCUGGGCAGCGGGGCCUUCGGCUUCGUGUGGACUGCGCUGGACAGGGAGCAGAACAAGGAGGUGGUGGUGAAGUUCAUUAAGAAGGAGAAGGUCCUGGAGGACUGCUGGGUCCAGGACCCCAUGCUUGGGAUGGUGACGCUAGAGAUCGCGAUCCUGUCCAGGGUGGAGCACCCCAACAUCAUCAAGGUCUUGGACGUGUUUGAGAACCAGGGCUUCUUCCAGCUGGUGAUGGAGAAGCACGGCUCCGGCCUCGACCUCUUCGCAUUCAUCGACCGCCACCCUGGCCUCGACGAGCCGCUGGCCAGUUAUAUCUUCCGGCAGCUGGUGGCGGCGGUGGGGUACCUGCGCUCGGAGAGCAUCCUGCACCGCGACAUCAAGGACGAGAACGUCGUCAUCGCCGAGGACUUCACCGUCAAGCUCAUAGACUUCGGCUCCGCUGCCUACCUGGAAAGGGGCAGACUGUUCUACACCUUCUGCGGGACGAUCGAGUACUGCGCGCCCGAAGUUCUCAUGGGGAACCCCUACGAGGGGCCGGAGCUGGAGAUGUGGUCCCUGGGAGUCACGCUGUACACGCUCAUCUUUGAGGAGAACCCCUUCUGUGAGCUGGAGGAGACCGUGGAGGCUGCGCUCAGCCCCCCGCACCUGGUGUCUGAAGAUCUCAUGAAGCUCAUCACUGGGCUGCUUCAGCCCAUCCCUGAGAAGCGUGUCACCUUGGAGAAGCUGGUGACCGACCCCUGGGUGACGCAGCCCGUGAACCUUGCUGACUACACCUGGGAGGAGGUGUGUGGGAUCCCCCAGCCAGAGAGCGGAGCUCUGUCCGCCCUGAGUCUGGAGGUGGAGAGCAGGAGCCCCCCGGAGCGCGCGGCCUCGGGGCCCAGGGGCGCCCCCUCCUAACAGCGUCCACUCAGGGCCAGUGGUUCUCAAGGUUGGGCCCAGUUCAUCUAAAACUCAUGUGAGUUUGAUAAAUGCUAGAACAAA